AUGUCCGAUGUCCAUCAGGCUGUCCAAAAUCUCCGGAAGAACGAGUAUGUCACCAUUCAAGAGCCCGACUGGAGCGAGUAUUUCUUUCCCUCAUAUUCGAUCCUGAACCUGCAGCAUGGAACGGAAAACCAAGUUGUUUUCCGAAAGUUGCUAUGGUCUGACGAGAAUGGUGGAUUUGCGACGUAUUCGAUUAAGUACGAUGCGACUUUGAAAGAAAGUCUGGACCUUCGCAGGUUUCCGCUAGACCACCAGCUGUGCAGGAUCAGGCUGACGGCUGAACGAACAAUUGACGAAUUUCAGUUCGUAGUGGUGAAGGGCCAGGACAACAAAGGUAUUGGACAAAUCUGCGCCAUGUGGCAUCUGGACGACUCCUCAAGGUCCACAGUCUAUGUUCGUCAUUGCGACAGGUAUCUGCCAUUUGCAAGCCAGCGCUCUUGUGUGAACGCAGUCUUCCACCUUGAGCGGAAAGGUGAAUACUACUUUCAUGGAAAGCUGCUCAUGGUCUUUCUGGUGAACAUCCUCAGCCUGUGCGUCUUCGCAAUUUCAUUGGAGGAUGUUAGUGGGCGAUUGCGGCAUCUGAGCAGGUGUUUUCUUGCUGUCCUGGCAUACCGCUACGUCAUCGAUGGAACAUUGCCCCGGAAAGAAUACCUCACAGGUGCUGACGCAUACAUUGUAUUUGCUUGCAGCUUCCAAGUCCUCCUUGUCAUUGAGACGGUUCUCUUUCACAAGUUUCUCACCAUCUUUCUGAAAGACCCUGUCUUGGUUGACAGGUAUGUUGGGCUGUCUCUUCUGCUGGCAUGGUGCAGUGUCAACUGUCUGUUGCGUUGGCUGUGGCAGCACGACACCGGCAGGAGCAACCGGGAAAUCUGGGAAGCGAUCUACCAGAAAGGUCGCGAACCAUACGCGCCGAUCAAUCGGUGUUCAGACUGUGGGGAGAUGUGGCUAAGCAAGCAAUGCGAGCACUCGAGCAAGAAGAAGCAGUGCAUCAAUUGGCCGGAUUGCUUUGGUGAAAACACUGGGGACACUGGGGCAACAGAAAGCAUCGCGACUAUCUACAACACUCCUUUCCAGUCAAUUCCAGCUAUCGUGGAGCCGCAAGUCUUCCCGAGACCACCACCUCACUUGAAAGAGCUUGCAGAAACCCGGAAAUGA